UGCCAGCUGGUAUCAUAACAUCAGUGCUGGCCGUGGGCGCACGGAAAGUUCAAGCCAAAGUCUCUGUUUGUGUGUGUGUGUGCGUGUGUGUGUGUGUGUGUGUUUGUGUGUGUGUGUGUGUGUGUGUGUGUGCAGUCUGUCUGUCUAAUAGAGUGACCCCCCAGCAAGCAGUUUAAAGGGAAGACAAGAGAGCUGAGUCAACGAAUCGCAAGAAGAAGGAUGCAACAGUUGAUGUGCUCGAGUUGCAGCGUGCACACUUUUCUUGUAUUUGGAGACACAUACGGAGGAUGGUGGCUUUGAUCUGAUCUGUGUGGAGGAAGGAUCUGAUGUUUUUGCUGAUUUAAAACCUGUCAGAUGAACUGAAAAUUAAAACAGCCCGUGUUUAAAAAAAAAAAAAAAAAAAAAAGCAGUGGGUGUUAGUUGUAGGCUGUCUCAUCAAAAUGGACAUUCGGACAGAAAUGCAUUUGGAGGGACUUCAUGCUCUGCUGGAAUGGAGUUGAAGUGUGGAUUUCGGAUGGUCUGCGGCAGUGAGUAGCAGUGCAGUCCGCACCAACAUGCAUCGGAUUCUGCAGAGGAGGCGAGUGCGCAAGCUGCGGGUCGUAUGGGCUUCUCUGGCUCUGGUGGCUCUGUCUCUGGCCGCAUGCAGCGCGCUGUUCACGGCGUGGACUUGGCGACAGACGCGAGACCUGUCGCAGUCCUUCAAGAUCCUGCAGGACCGACUGGAGCAGGUCAAUACACAGAGGAAGGCCAUUGUUCAGCUCAUUCUGGAGAAGAGAGAGCUGCUGGUGGGGCAGAGAGUGAAGAGAGAUGGGGGGACGCUGCGAGGGAGGAAUGGAAACGGAAAGAAAGCAGCGUCUCAUUUUGAGAUAACCAAAGUCUCCUCUCAGCAAGUGGGAGCAGGUGGUGUCAUAAAGGGCUGGGAAGAGAGGACGUUGAAUAUGAGCAAAGCGGUCAGGUACAACAAGGAGCAAGGUACCUUCACCGUGGAGAAGGCAGGCGUCUACUUCCUGUUCUGCCAGGUAUUGUUCAAUGAGCAGGAGUCUCAGUAUGUGAAGCUGGACGUUGUGACCAGCGGUCAGAGGCCUCAGAAGCUGCAGUGCAUGGAGGGUUAUGGGACGACUCCCUCCGCCGGGCCGCACCCCUUCCACUUCCUGAAGCCCUGCCAAGUAUCGGGCCUCCUGCGACUGGACAAAGGCACGGAGCUGAACGCCAUCACAGGCCCGUCGUUCAAACUCCACACUGUGGGCAAUCCCUCCGCUUCGCCUCACGUCUUCAGCAUCUUUAAAGUCAACUGAAGCUCAGUGCUGAUGUGAUCUUGGAUGGAAACUUUUUAAAGAGUACAUUAACUCAUCCGAGUGCAACAAAAUUCACUUGUUUUUACAGGGAUGAGACUGUUUUUUCUACACAGUAUAAAAGUCAUAAGCAGUUGGUGAAUCACAUCCUGCUACCGCCUCUUCCCAAAGAUGUUAAUUUGAAAGACAAACCUGACAUUUGUGGAAGUUGUUGUGGAAUCUUUCUCUGGAAAGCGGUGCUGUUUUGGAACGCAAAAAUACAGACUUUGGAUUAAAACCAAGACUUGAAGUGGACGAAAUGCCUCUAAGAAUGUCUGCCGAGAGAACAGAUGUGAUGGAAGCUGUUCUGUAGAUAAAGGGCUUCAUAUAAAAGAAAAAAAAUACUUGGAUGUUCCUCUUAGCCUUGGUUUCAUGUAAUAAAUUGUGCUUACACUCUCUUUAUAAGACUGUCUAUAAAGCUGUGCAUGCACCUUCCACUUUUAUAUCACCAGUGCCUCAAGAAGCUGAGAGCACAUCAGCGAGCAACAGAUAAACUGCCUACAUGAGUUGUCAUUCAUAUUUUUUAUACUGCACCGUUUUUGUGAGUUUAUGUGCGUGAAGUAACAUUUAAGUAAGCAUCUUCUUUAAAUACCAUGUAUCUACUUCACACAUAUUUUGUUAGGAGCUGGCAUACAACAGGGAACAUUUUAAGAUUUUUAAAUAACAUGGAAGUUAAUUUUUACUCUUUUUCUAAAGGUCAAAUUUGAUCAUAAGAUAUUUUUAUGAAUGAGGCUUCAGUGUACUCUGCUUGGCUUUACUUUUGAAAAGUAGGUGCAAGUUUUAGUAAAAAAUUGAGCUUUGAAUAUAGCCUCUUCUCUCCUUUCUGCUUUUGUCCUUUUUUUUUUGGGUGACACAUUAACACCCAAGUCUUUUUGUAAAUCAUCACAUGAUUGUUUUCAAAGCCCUUGUGCAGUACGUCCAAAGUUACAGUGUAAGCAGAAGUUGCUAUUAAAUAUUACACAUGUUUUGUACUCUAAGGAGCAUUGGGAUUUUCUGAUUCUGUGACGUAUAGAUACUUAGAUUGUUUUUAUAUCUGUUUGGAGCAAAACAAGUGGGAAGGAGUGUAUUUAUAUUUGCAUAAAUUAUUUACUCACCAGUAACACUGUAAAUUCUAAGUAAUGAUUGAAUAUAACUAGCAUGUUUUUAGUGACACUAAGGGUGGCAAUGUGCCAUUUGGCUGGUUGGUCCACUACUAUAUGGUCCAAAUUGAAAUAUCCACAACUAUUGGAUGGAUUAAUUAAAUUGUGUGUAGACAUUCAUGGCCCCACGAAGAUGAUAAUCCCCUCUGGUUCUUUGAGUGAAUAAUAUUGCUAUUUUGGAUUACAAUUAAAAUUUGGUGCAGACAAUCAUGCCCUCAUCAGGAUAAACUGUAAUAAUUGUGGUGACCCUGUAACUUUUCAUUUAGCUUUAUCAGCAGGUACAUUUUGAAAAUUUAGUACCAGAUAUCAACAAAACUAAUUCCCAUCAGCUGUACUUUGUAUUUUGAGAUAAUUGACAAAUGUGCGCAAGCCAACAUAUUAAGCUGCGGUCUGAAAUAGUCAGUGCUAAACCUCAUGUUAGCAUUGUCAAUGUGAGCAUGUUGACAUUUAGCACUGUUGUACCAAAGUACAGCCUCACAGAGCCGCUAGCUGUAGGCUACACUUGU